CUCUCGCCGGCACAACGGAGAGCACUUUUUUUUUUGGUGAUUGAGGGGACCUUGUGUGGCUCUGAGCAUCUCCCUCCGUCCCCGUGUUUGGUUUAAUGUGUCAGGCCGGCGCUGGUUGCCGUCAUCUCUCCGAUAUUAUUUAUAACCGAGCAGAAAAUUGGAUGGGACUCAUACACGGGCAAGACAAUCCCGGAAAUAACAUGCGUACUCUCAGCCUGUCACGUACGCUCACUGUGGAUUUGCAUUGCUGUGGGCUGCCGUAGAUACUCUCCACAGCCUCAAAAUGUUAAUAGGUCGGAUGCAAACAGUUUGAGAAUAUUAAUUGAGAUAAAUGUGUGAAAUAUAAGCGAGAGGAACAAGACUUGGACAUGAAACUUCUUGCAGCGGUGACAGAGCUCCUCUCCGUCAGAGAAAACAGCAGCUCGGCUAGAAAAUGAAGCGAGGACGUGAGCUACGUGCGCAUCCAGUAGAUGACGAGAUGAAAUGGAGAGCUUGGGACACACGGACCUUUUAAACCCAAGCUCUUCCCGCGGAUGUGUCGCUGGUUCAGCAUCGCAGGAUAGAAGAUCAAGCGUACAGCAGCUCGUCUGUGGACCGGCAGAGAUUCACUACACGCACCGGACGGACAUGGGGCUGAAUGGAUACUGCUCUGCGCCGGUGGGGAGCCCGACAGCCGCGGAGCUGCUGGCGGGUCUGGCCUCUCAGACCGACUCUCCGGGAAUCACAACCCUGACAAAGCAAUCGAAAACCGGCGUGCCAAUCUACAACGUCGGGGUGGUGUCUCCUGCUGCCACCGUGGAGGGCAGCCACACAUGCGCUUUGGCUCAAACACCAGACAGUUACCCGGCACAAACGAAGGGGGUUUUGGGGAGCCCUAUGUACCCUUUCACCAGCAGAGCCUAUCUGGUGGAGAAUGGGGACCGCACAUCUCAUGAGAAGUGCCCAUUAGUGAUGAGGAGGCACAAUGGUGACCUGAAAAGCAGACAGGUGCAACAGCAGAAACGGAGGGGUGGGGAGAACCGGGAUUUGGGGUCAGAGACUCCUAAUGGUCUUAUGGGGUCACCUGGGUUGGGAUGUUCGGUGGACUCAGCUUUUCCCACGUUAGACUCAGACUUCAAGCGGAGAAGGUUGACAGAUGUAAGUGUUGUUCACAAGUCUUCAGAGGUCUCCAGGGUGGCCCGAGCAGUCGCCCCGCUUACCAACAGUUCCCAUAGCAACCAAAUGACUAUCAAGCAUGUGCACUGUGUCACUCCCCAAUCUCCCUUCACCCCUCCUGGCCCCCACACUAACCAGCACAACGGACAUAAUGUGGCAUCAACUGGCCCACCGGCUGCACCCAGCCAGACCUCCCCGAAGGAGGCUCAUGGCAUCCCCACCCCUCCGCCUUCUGCAGGCGCUGGCCUGUCAGCAGAAUGCAUAGCCCAGCAAUACAUCAUCCCCUGCAUGAAAUACUACGGCAUCUGUGUGAAAGACAACUUUCUGGGCCCCCAGCUGGGUGACAGGGUCCUGGAGGAGGUGGAGGUCCUAAACCGCAGUGGGAAAUUUCGUGGCGGGCAGCUGGUGAGCCAGAAGAACAUUCCCUCUCGGAACAUCAGGGGCGACCAGAUCGCCUGGGUAGAGGGACGCGAGCCUGGGUGCGAGAGCAUCGGGAUGCUGAUGGCCCACAUUGAUGAGGCUGUCAUGUACAGCGCUGCCAAUGGACAGCUGGGGCAAUGUGUCAUCAAUGGACGCACCAAGGCCAUGGUUGCCUGUUACCCAGGUAACGGGGCAGGGUAUGUCCGCCAUGUUGACAACCCCAACGGUGACGGACGCUGCAUUACGUGUAUCUACUAUCUUAACAAGAACUGGGAUGCCAAGAAACAAGGAGGGUUGCUGCAGAUCUACCCUGAAGGCAAAAAUGUGGUAGCCAGCAUAGAACCUAUGUUUGACCGACUGCUGAUCUUCUGGUCUGACCGCAGGAACCCACAUGAAGUCAAGCCAGCCUAUGCCACUCGCUAUGCUAUCACAGUCUGGUACUUUGAUGCCAAAGAGAGAGCGGAGGCUAAAGAGAAAUACAAAUUGGCAACAGGACAGAAAGGUGUUCAAGUGCCUGUCACUCAAAACAGCAGGACAUAAAUCUCAUGUAAUCACUGGGGAGCACUCUGAACGUAUCAUGUGCCUUUCUGAACUGCUAAUGGACACCACGAUGAUAAAAGGGAGACACUGUUAAACUGUCAGUCAUGUACGCAGCUCCACAUCAGCUGUCAGAUUUACGUCAUGGGAAAUAAUGUAAUAUUUCCCUGCCAUGUGAUUGGCCUGCUGAUCAACGAUGUGGCAGAUAUUGAGCACAACAGACCAGAUCGUGUGGAGAUCGGGUCAGAAUACUUUGCAUGGCGAAAGAAGAAGACAACCAAGAAGUAUUUCUCUUCUGAAGACAUCUCGCUGAAUCAUCUAUGAAGACAACUGACUGGAAAAAAACAACUUUAUUUUCUUUUGUUGCCAUUUUGCCUGUUCAGUUAUAAGUGAUGUUGUGGCGUAUUGAGAAAUCAUUGUUUUACUCUUGCUCUGAGGUAUUUUUCAAUUCAAACAAAAUGAACAUAUAGAAUAUGAUGAAUCUGUGGACACACAGAGGGGAAAAGAAGAGCAAAAAUCAAAACGGGGUCAUGCCAUUUAGUACCCGAAGCUAGUAAUUUUCCAUUGUCUGUGGAGUGGUUCCCUUGUCUCAUGAUGUGGGUGAUGUGUGGGAUGUGGGGUCAGUGUAAAAACAAAGGCAUAGAAAGAUUGAUAAUACAUAAAAUGGCUGUUGGUCAUGAUACAGUGGAAAGUUGCCAUAUGGUACCUGAAGCGCUAAUCCCAAACAUUGCAGGGAUGCACAUUAAAUAUACAUCACAAAGUAUUCCUGGUAUUGCAAUAUCUGGAUAUCUUUUGCAAAAGCCUCAAAAUGUUAGUGUGGUUAAAAAGCAAACAGAAGCCAAGUAAUCCAGCAUGGACAUUUCAUUUAUUUUAUGAGCUGCAAAGUAUGUAUGUAACAGAUUUUCAAGCACACAAAACAUUUUUCAACAUACUUGAUAUGCUGAGCUCUCUGUAUGACUGAAUACACUGCUCACACUUGAGACAAGGAGCAAGCUGUCUAGUGAAAAGGGUCAAAACAGGGUUUGAUGAAAUUGAGUGUGUUUUCUGUGUGUGUGCGCUCAUAUACCUGUAUGCAGAUUUAGCUUGACUCGUACCUGUUCUAAACAAGAAGAAAACAGACAUACCCUCUGCCCCAACAAACACACACACACACACACACACACACA